CUUGUGUUCAAUCCAACCGUCCUAUUAUUCCCCUCUCCUCUCUCUUUUCUUACUUUCUUUCCUCCCCCCAUCCACCAUGUUCAAGCUUGCGCGCACCCGACCAAUUACUGCGGCUCUCAGAGCUGCGACGGAGUCCUCCGUGCAGACUCGCCUCGCCCAGCAACAACGAAAUCUUUCCAUUCACGAAUAUCUGUCCGCCAGGCUGCUGAAGUCGUAUGGUGUGGGUGUGCCCAAGGGUGAGGUCGCUCGCUCCGCGGAGGAAGCUGAGGCUGUUGCCAAGUCGCUCGGUAACGAUGACAUGGUCAUCAAGGCCCAAGUCCUUGCCGGUGGUCGUGGUAAGGGACACUUCGAAAAUGGUCUCAAGGGUGGUGUGCGCGUGAUUUACUCCCUUUUACUGAUCGGAGACGUGUUAUCCUCCAGUCCUACCGAGGCCAAGAUGUUCGCUGGACAGAUGAUCGGACAAAAGCUCAUCACUAAGCAAACUGGCGCAGCCGGCCGCCUUUGCAACGCUGUCUACAUUUGCGAGCGCAAGUUCGCUCGUCGCGAAUUCUAUCUCGCUAUCCUCAUGGACCGCCAGUCUCAGAGCCCCGUCGUCGUUGCCUCCUCGCAGGGUGGUAUGGAUAUCGAGGCCGUCGCCAAGGAACACCCCGAUGCUAUUGUCACCACCCCCAUCGACAUCCACACCGGCGUCACUGAUGCUAUCGCUACCAAGAUUGCUACCGAUCUUGGCUUCUCCGAGCAGUGCAUCGAGGAUGCUAAGCUGACUAUCCAGAACCUCUACAAGGUUUUCAUGGAGACCGAUGCUACCCAGAUUGAAAUUAACCCUCUCUCUGAGACCUCUGAUCACCAGGUUCUGGCCAUGGAUGCCAAGCUGGGCUUUGACGACAACGCCGAGUUCCGCCAGAAGGAGAUCUUCUCCUGGAGGGAUACCACCCAGGAAGAUGCCGAUGAAGUCAAGGCUGCUGAACACGGCCUGAACUUCAUCAAGCUUGAUGGUGACAUCGGAUGUCUGGUCAACGGCGCUGGUCUUGCUAUGGCCACCAUGGAUAUCAUCAAGCUCAACGGCGGCAGCCCCGCUAACUUCCUUGACGUUGGUGGUGGCGCUACCCCUGCUGCCAUCAAGUCCGCUUUCGAGCUCAUUACCAGCGACCCCAAGGUGUCUGCCAUCUUCGUCAACAUCUUCGGUGGUAUCGUCCGUUGCGAUGCCAUCGCUCAGGGUCUGAUCAACGUCGUUCAGGAAAUGGGUCUGCGCACUCCUAUCGUUGCCCGUCUGCAGGGUACCAACAUGGAGCAGGCUCACAAGCUGAUCAACGAGUCCGGCCUUAAGAUCUUCUCCAUUGAGGACCUCCAGAGCGCUGCUGAGAAGUCUGUCCAGUUCUCCAAGGUCGUCAAGAUGGCCCGUGAAAUCGACGUCGGCGUUGAGUUCACUCUCGGCAUUUAA